AAGAAAGCUGCCAUAACCUAGAACUUCACUUCCCCGCCUCCGGUCAAUAAGAGAAGGCAAUGGCUCCGAAGCAACCGAAUACUGGUCUCUUCGUGGGGCUUAACAAAGGACACGUAGUUACGAAGAAGGAAUUGGCUCCGCGCCCCUCGGAUCGUAAAGGAAAAAGUAGCAAAAGAGUUCUGUUUGUGAGGAAUUUGAUCCGGGAAGUUGCUGGCUUUGCCCCAUAUGAGAAGAGAAUCACCGAGCUUCUUAAAGUUGGAAAAGAUAAGAGAGCGCUAAAAGUGGCUAAGAGAAAGUUGGGAACUCACAAGCGAGCAAAGAAGAAGAGAGAAGAGAUGUCCAGCGUUCUCCGCAAGAUGAGAGCUGGUGGAGGUGGCGAGAAGAAGAAAUGAAACUUGUGUGGUUAAUUCCCAUAAUGUAUAAGGACAUGCUCUAGAUUUGAUAUUUUUCUUAUCCAGAAGGAAAUUGAGUGGAUUUUUGAACAUUUUGUUAGAUGAACUGUGAUGUUAUUAGAACUUAUAUUUAAAUUUCUUCAAGUCGUUUUUUUAAUUGCA